AUGAUCUGCACGGAGUCAAGUCACCAGAGGAUCUCAUUCUCUAGUGAUCUUGGCCAAUCCGAUAAAGCCCCACCACCACCGGUUAUAGAACCACUAGGACUUAUCCGAAGAGACGAGACUCUUCUUGAUUCGUCAAACUCAUUCGAGUUCCAUAUCUCAAACAACUUUGAUGCCGGAGACUCUUCACCGGCGGACGAGAUCUUCGCUGACGGUAUGAUCCUUCCUUUCCACGUAACCGCAGCUUCCACCGCGCCAAAACGUCUCUACAAGUACGAGCUCCCUCCCAUCACCUCCUCCUUAUCUCAACCUCCUCUCCCGCCGCCACAACCUUUGCCAACAAAGCAACACAGCGAGAAAGAAACCAGCGGGAGAGCGAGCGGAGCAAACUCUGACUCGGAAGCAGAGAAGUCAUCAAAGUCGUUUUGGAGUUUCAAGAGAAGCUCGAGCCUCAACUGUGACAUAAAGAAGAGUCUCAUCUGCUCGUUUCCUCGGCUCACGAGAAGCAACUCUACAGGUUCGGUUACUAACUCAAAGAGAGCAAUGCUGAGAGAUGUUAACAACCAUAGGCCUUCUUCUACUUCUUCUUCCACUGUCUGUUGCAAUGCGUAUCAGUUUAGGCCGCAGAAGCAAGCAGGAAAGAAAGGUGAAGGAGGAGGAAGCUUUUCGGUUAUUCCAGUUCUUAAUGGUCCUUCUACGUUUGGUUUAGGAUCGAUCUUACGCCAUUCGAAAGAUAAGACGAAGAAGAAGAAGAACAAGAAGUAG